AUGGCGAGUCAACACUUUACCGACAGACUGAAGGAGGAACUGCUCUGCCCCAUCUGUAUUGAUAUUCUGCAGAACCCCGUCACUCUGGACUGUGGGCACAAUUUCUGCCUCAGAUGCAUCUCUCGGGUUGCAGAAGAAACAUCAAGGAAAUUUUGCAAAUGUCCCCUCUGUGGCAAAUCUGUGAGGAAGAACUUCGAGCCCAAUUUGCUGUUGGUAAAUCUGGUGGAGAGGAUUCAAGCUAUAGAUCCCUCUGAGAUGCUGACGAAAAGGAAGAAGAGAUGCAUGAAACAUGAGGAGAAACUCCAUUACUUCUGUGAUCUUGAUGGGAAGCUCCUUUGUAUGGUGUGUCGGGAAUCCAAGGAGCACAAAUCCCACAAUGUACUUUUAAUAGAAGAGGCUGUCCCAAGAUAUCAGGAGAAGCUGCAAUCGCAGGUCGAGGUCUUGAAGCAAAAGGGAUGGUGA